AUGCCUCGUAGUGUGUGGCCGGGGCCUAUACAAUCUGGUACCAAAACAGCAAUUUAUCACAGGCUUUUGUGUACAAACUCUGCAUCCACAGAUGACUCAAACAUGACAAAGUUAUUAAGUCUGUAAAGCAGAACACUGUGCAUGAUCACUUGUAUAUGUGAUCUUGCUAUACCAUCGUCCUCAUGUUCAGGGAAAAUGGUGGACUGGACUAUGUGUGCGUGUGAUUGGAUUUACUCCUUACACAAGCCUACUGACUAGUCUAUACAGUGCUGUCAAAGAGUGCUGAGCACUGCACUUUGGGAUGGGCCACAUUGACUGGUGACGUCUAUAAAUGUAAAUGCACAUUGUUGGUUGCCAUGGUCUUCAUUCACCCCUAGUCCUCAAUGCAACGCUCCUUGACCCAUCAUCAGGGCUUUUUGAAACAUGUUUGCAUUAACGUACGUGUCUGUGUAUGUGAGAACAAGACCAGGGCUGAAAUUGAACAGGACUCCCUGGAAAACGGUGUCAAUUGUUAGACUAUCCUGGCUAAAUAAAUACAAAUGACAGGCCUAGCCUACAAACAUACAGGGGAAAAACACCAACACACCCACACACAGCUGGGCCCUCUUGAGACAGGCAGUGAGUAGGCUACAUCCAUGUGUAUAAAACAGUAACAUAGUGAAGUAUGAGCUAAGGCUGAUCUUGUCUCCUUGUGGUUUGGGCACAGAGUUGGGUGGGUUACUUGAAAAAUGUAGUCUAUUACUGAUGACGGUUGCUUGAAAAAUUAAGUAAUUGUAACGUAAUCCUUUCGAUUACUCAAAAUGAGCGACGUAAUCCUAUGACUUUUGGAUUACUUUCACUUCUAACACCCAGACACAUUUUUUAAUGCUUAAAACAUGAAUCUAACAGCAUUUUUUCAUUUAGUAACAUAAGCAUUUCCAAAUGGGGACUAGCGUGAGAGCAUAUCCUAAAGAUCCUAUAAUUCACAUGUUCUAUUCUAUGUGUAAGAGCAUAGUCACAGGGCUCCAUACUAACAUUUUCAGUUGGUGGCACCAGCCCAUGAUUUGGUUGCGCCACAAUUGCACAAUACACAAUUGAACAAAUUUGUAGCCUCAUCGUCUUAUAAAGUCAUUCGAAGUGUUUCAUUCAGAAGUGUACUAGACCACUAAAAUGGUAUGAUUCAAGAAAUAAAGUUUAUUCUAACAUGUUCAAGCACGAAUGCAUGACUCCAGAUAUCUGGAUGUGCAACCUAAACCAGCGAUUGUCAUGAAUUCGGUGUAUGAUAACUAGGCAAUUAGGGUUCCAGAAUGGUUAGAUAUUUUUUGGGGGGGGUUAAAUAGACAUUCAUUAUUCUACAUCUUUUUGGGCACUAAUAUCACAUAGGCUAAUUCAUUUGAGGCUAAUUCACCAGCUGAGGAAGUAGUUAGCUAGAUAGCCAACUCGAAAUAUAGCCUAUUACCAUAAAAGAGGCCAUCCACCCUUGAUGGGCGAUCAACAGAACAAUAGAAUCUUUGAGAGAAUGUGAGAAGUCUUGAUGGUGCGCUAAAUGACAACAAUGAUGACAGUUUUAUAACAUUUCCUCUUGACAUGAUGUGAAGUAAUCCCAAAAGUAAUCAGCUGUUUUUAAGAAUGUAACUAAUCUGGAUAGAUUAGUUACUUCAUUUUUGUCAUCUGAUGACGUAAUCCCAGUUACAUGUAAUCCGUUACUACCCAAUCCUGCUUGGGCCUCACUGAUUACUGGUUCGGAGGCUGUGUCAAAACAAUUAGCUUAGCAGAAGAGAUGUCCUGCAUCAGAACAGAGGAGCAUCAACAACAAGCUAACAGACACAAUGGCUGCAUCUGAGUUGGCACCCUAUUCACUACGGCUGCGUCUGAAAUGGCACCCUGUUCACUCCUGUUCACUAUGGCUGCAUCUGAAAUGGCACCCUGUCCACUAUGGCUGAUUAUAAGGAAUUAGUAGCCAUUUCAGAUGCUGCCAAUGGCUCGCCCAUAGAAAUAGAAUGAAUAGAACGGGUAUCCCCAUUCAAGUCAAUGAUGGCAUAAUGGGUGGACCUUGUUCUAUUAAUUCAAUUCCUAUGGGCUCGCCUUCCAGCUCAUCUAUUGCCGCUGUGCUGCCGCGUAUCUCAGAAGAUAUAUCUCUUAAUCCAUAGGCGAUAUCUUAUUAAUGUGGUUCCUGAGAUAUGAUGAUACACUUUUCCAGGCAUUAUAAUAAUAAUAUGCCAUUUAGCAGACGCUUUUAUCCAAAGCGACUUAGUCAUGUGUGCAUACAUUUUUACGUAUGGGUGGUCCCGGGGACAUGAGCAGCGUGACAGCCUUGACUGCAAUACAUUUUGUUUUUAUGGGGAGUCAGGUGUGUACAGCUGUGGCAGUAUCUGAAAGAGAGAGCUCCCUGCCAGGCUAGCCGCCUCUGUUGUCCCUGCUACUUCCAUGGCUGGCUCUGCCCCGGUGGCAAGGUCAGCCAUGUUGUUUUGGAGACACAGACUCCCCUGUCCUGUCCCUGCGGCGCUCUAACCAUAACAGUAUGCCAACACUGAGCAUGUGCUGACUUAACCCCCAGUCUCCCCCUAGUCCCCCGCCCUCCAGCCACACAACUACACUUCCCUUCUCAAUGUCCUUGUGUGUUCCUGCUCUGCCCAAUAGGCCAUUGACACUGGUUGCUGCUUCACAGCCCUGUCUUCAUAAACAGUCACUCUGUCUGCGCAUAUGAGAUGAUGCUCUGUCAUGUUCAUGUGGGGCCAAGAGAAACACUUCUCCAGGUAUUGUGAGAUCUGAUCAUCUGCACAGCGGGACUGUCAAAGACAGCGAGCACAACCACUUAAUUCCUUUUUGCAUUUGAUUCCUUUUCCACUUUAUCAUGGCUUCUUUUUUAUAUAUAUAUAUAUUACUGCAAAAAAAAAUAAAGGGAACACUUAAACAACACAAUGUAACUCCAAGUCAAUCACACUUCUGUGAAAUCAAACUGUCCACUUAGGAAGCAACACUGAUUGACAAUACAUUUCACAUGCUGUUGUGCAAAUGGAAUAGACAACAGGUGGAAAUUAUAGGCAAUUAGCAAGACACCCCCAAUAAAGGACUGGUUUUGCAGGUGGUGACCACAGACCACUUCUUAGUUCCUAUGCUUCCUGGCUGAUGUUUUGGUCACUUUUGAAUGCUGGCGGUGCUUUCACUCUAGUGGUAGCAUGAGACGGAGUCUACAACCCACACAAGUGGCUCAGGUAGUGCAGCUCAUCCAGGAUGGCACAUCAAUGCGAGCUGUGGCAAGAAGGUUUGCUGUGUCUGUCAGCGUAGUGUCCAGAGCAGGGAGGCGCUACCAGGAGACAGGCCAGUACAUCAGGAGACGUGGAGGAGGCUGUAGGAGGGCAACAACCCAGCAGCAGGACUGCUACCUCCGCCUUUGUGCAAGGAGGAGCAGGAGGAGCACUGCCAGAGCCCUGCAAAAUGACCUCCAGCAGGCCACAAAUGUGCAUGUGUCUGCUCAAACGGUCAGAAACAGACUCCAUGAGGGUGGUAUGAGGGCCCGACGUCCACAGGUGGGGGUUGUGCUUACAGCCCAACACCGUGCAGGACCUUUGGCAUUUGCCAGAGAACACCAAGAUUGGCAAAUUCGCCACUGGCGCCCUGUGCUCUUCACAGAUGAAAGCAGGUUCACACUGAGCACAUGUGACAGACGUGACAGAAUCUGGAGACGCCGUGGAGAACGUUCUGCUGCCUGCAACAUCCUCCAGCAUGACCGGUUUGGCGGUGGGUCAGUCAUGGUGUGGGGUGGCAUUUCUUUGGGGGGGCCGCUCAGCCCUCCAUGUGCUCGCCAGAGGUAGCCUGACUGCCAUUAGGUACCGAGAUGAGAUCCUCAGACCCCUUGUGAGACCAUAUGCUGGUGCGGUUGGCCCUGGGUUCCUCCUAAUGCAAGACAAUGCUAGACCUCAUGUGGCUGGAGUGUGUCAGCAGUUCCUGCAAGAGGAAGGCAUUGAUGCUAUGGCCUGGCCCGCCCGUUCCCCAGACCUGAAUCCAAUUGAGCACAUCUGGGACAUCAUGUCUCGCUCCAUCCACCAAUGCCACGUUGCACCACAGGCUGUCCAGGAGUUGGUGGAUGCUUUAGUCCAGGUCUGGGAGGAGAUCCCUCAGGAGACCAUCCGCCACCUCAUCAGGAGCAUGCCCAGGCAUUGUAGGGAGGUCAUACAGGCACGUGGAGGCCACACACACUACUGAGCCUCAUUUUGACUUGUUUUAAGGACAUUACAUCAAAGUUGGAUCAGCCUGUAGUGUGGUUUUCUACUUUAAUUUUGAGGGUGACUCCAAAUCCAGACCUCCAUGGGUUGAUACAUUUGAUUUCCAUUGAUAAUUUUUGUGUGAUUUUGUUGUCAGCACAUUCAACUAUGUAAAGAAAAAACUAUUUAUUGAGAUUAUUUCAUUCAUUCAGAUCUAGGAUGUGUUAAUUUAGUGUUCCCUUAAUUUUUUUGAGCAGUGUGUGUGUAUAUAUAUAUAUAUAUAUAUAAAUAAUGUAGGGCGGGGGGUAUGAACAGGGAGGGAGCUAAAGAGGGAGGGACUAAGAGAGAGCGAGGGUUUGGCAGACGACAAGUGGAGAUUGAGAGGAGAGAAAGCCGGAGAGAGCAACAGGCGGGAGGGUGAGGGAAGCCUGCUCAACGAACAAGUACCACUUUGAUCGUCUUUAGCUCUAGUUGCAAUUAGUAGGGCCAGCAGAUGGUGAUAACGUCUCGUUGUUAUGGGAUUUUGUGAGUGGGUGUUUGGGGAGAGGGGAAAGCGAGAGAGGGUUGACCUGUUACUUACGAAGAGGUGGUUUCAGGAGGAAGAGGGGGGGGUUGUUAUGGCAAUGAGGUCUUCCUUGUAUUUUGUUGUCAUGGCAACUUCAGGCACUUGCUAUCCCCCACGUGAUGACAGGCAAGAGCACUUCACACACUCUCCUUACACACCGCACAGCACAUGCGAACACGCAUGUCCUUGCACAAUGGCACACUUAGGCUACACUCAUCCCCCGGUUCCCAGUAUUUCACUUUAGCAUAAUGAUUAUAAUGACACUGAAACAACCAUUUAUGUUAAUGUAGCUUACCAGAGUCAGAAUAACUCAUUGAUACCAUUUUUAUGUCUCUGCUUGAAGGUAGCUUCGCUAGCCAUUGCUAACUAGAGUUAGCGCAAUGACUGGAAUUCUGAGAACAGCUAGCAUGCUGCAAGUCUACAGGAACAGCUAACAGUUCCCAUAGACUUUCAGGCAUUGCGCUAAAGCUAGUUAACAACUUUCUUCAAACUGCAUGCAGUGACAUAAAAAUGGUGUCCAUGAGUUCAUCUGACUCUGGGUAAGUAGAAAAAGGGCUUAAUUGACUAAAUUUGUUUGAGCGGCGGCAACAAUUUAUGAAUAUAGAGCUAACACUGAGCCAUAUCAAUAAACAAUAAAACGAUACAGAUUGAAAAUACAUAAAGUAGCCUAGCUCUAGCCUUCUGUUACACCUUUUCCCUUUCGCAUGAUUAAUCACUUGUUUUAAUUAAUUCCUGAUUCCUUUUGUGCCAGAUUGACAGAGGCCACAUUGGCCGUCACUUUAUUUAACUAAAGUGAAACAACAAAUCAUCCCUUUUUAAGAAAGCAGUCAUGCGUAUCUUUUUUUAAAUACUGUUCUACAGACCAUUCUCAGUCAGUGCUCACUAAUUGGUAUGAUAAGGGCUAAAGUGAGCAACGUGACCCAGUGAGAGUGAGGUUAGACUCAACAUAGUGAGACAGACAGACCUGCAAGUCCUUUUGAGACCGUUGUGAAGAGGCCAGGGCCCGUAUUCAUAAAGCGUCUGAGUAGGAGUGCUGAUCUCUGAUCAGUUUUGCCUUUUAGAUCACAAUGAACAAGAUUACACGGACAAGGGGGAACCUAAUCCUAGAUCAGGACUCCUACUCUAAGACGCUUGAUACAUACAGUAUGGGUCCAGAUGUGACUGACUGUCCUAAAGAUGUAGAGAGAUCGGGCAAGAGGAAGAAUUGAGCUCAAUAAGCUGUAGUCUGAGAGAGAGGGAGACAGACUCCUUUAGGCCUGCGUUCACAUGGCCCAGUUAAUAGAUUUUGAUAGCUUGGUAAUAGUGUGAAGGGAGACAGGAGAGGGGAACCUUUGGCUGUGUUAUUGACACUGUUCUGUCAUUGCCCCCCCCCCCCCCCCCCCCCCCACAGUAGCUUUCUUCCCCUUGCUCAUUAAACAUUCAUAUUCACGACCUGAGUACAUCUUUAGGAAAUGUGUGUGGGUUUGGUGGUGUGCUUUUUUUUUCCAGUCAGACAGUUUUAAUAGACUUUUGUGUUAUAUUUUGUCUGACUUUAUUUCAGCGUGUAGAAGAUUGUGGGUACGUGUGUCGGUCCGGUCUCAUUUCAUGUGUUUGAGGAGUUUUUCUUUGCCGGUUCAAGAAUGCUAGCGAUGUCAGAGGUCGUAACCCUAGGCUCUACAGUUGCAGUGAUGUGUGAACAGGAGAGUGUUCACUAACUCUCUCCCUCCCUCUCUCCAGCCCCUCCUCCCAGCAGAUAUAACCGGAGAGUGUCAGGUGAGUCCUGUUUGACGUCACUACUCUCUAAUGCAGUGGUAUUCAAACUUUUCAGCAGCGACACUGUUUUUUUCUUUUGCCCAAUUUCUUGGGACCCAAUUUUUCUCGGCAGAAAUGCUGCCGACGCCACCCCCAAAUAUAAUGGCAGAAAAUCUGGAAAUUGUUAUUUUCACAUAAAAAAAUAACCUUCAAUUGAUUAGGCUACAUUUUAAUCUCUCUAGAACCAAUACAUACAUUUACUCUUUAUUUUUAUUUGUUUAUCUUUCUCAAUAACAAAGUAUUCACACCCCUUUUAUGUUUUCCACAUUUUGUUGUUACAGCCUGAAUUUAAAAUUGAUUACAUAGAGAUUUUGUCACUGAUCUACACACAAUACCCCAUAAUGUCAAAGUGGGAUUUUGUUUGUAUAACAUUUAAAAACAAAAAAUUUAAAAUACAAAAAAACCAGCAGAAAUGUCAUGAGUCAAUAAGUAUUCAACCCCUUUGUUAUGGCAAGCAAGCCUAAAUAAGUUCAGGAGUAAAAAUUUGCUUAACAAAUCACAUAAUAAGUUGCAUGGACUCUGUGUUCAAUAAUAGUGGUUAACAUGAUUAAUGACUACCCCAUCUUUGUACCGCAUACAUACAAUUAUCUGUACGGUCCCUCAAUCGAGUAGUGAAUUUCAAGCACAGAUUCAAGCACAAAGACAGGGAUGUUUUUCAAUGCUUCGCAAAGAAGGCAGAAGCUGAAUAUCCCUUUGAGCAUGGUGAAGUUAUUAAUUAAAUCAAAUCAAAUUGUAUUGGUCACAUGCGCUGAAUACAACAGGUGCAGACAUUACAGUGAAAUGCUUACUUACAGCCCUUAACCAACAGUGCAUUAUUUUUUUACAAAAAAAGUACAAAUAAAACAACAAAAAAAGUGUUGAGGAAAAAAAGAGCAGAAGUAAAAUAAAAUAACAGUAGGGAGGCUAUAUAUACAGGGGGGUACCGGUGCAGAGUCAAUGUGCGGGGGCACCGGCUAGUUACUGUUUUGAAUGGUGUAUCAAUACACCCAGUCACUACUCAGGUGCUGGAGAGGAAGGAAACUGCUCAGGAAUUUCACCAUGAGGCCAGUGGUGACUUUAAAACAGUUACAGAGUUGAAUGGUUGUGAUAUGAGAACUGAGGAAGGAUCAACAACAUUCUAGUUACUCCACAAUACUAACCUAAAUGACUGAGUGAAAAGAAGGAAGUUUGUACAGAAAAAAAAAUAUUCCAAAACAUGCGUCCUGUUUGCAACAAGGCACUAAAGUAAUACUGCAAAAAAUAUCUCAAGCAUGGUGGUGGCUGCAUCAUGUUAUGGUAUGUGCUUGUCAUCGAGAAGGACUAGGAGUUUUUUUUAGGAUACAAAUAAAUGGAAUACAGCUAUAAGAGGAAAACCUGGUUCAGUCUGCUUUCCACCAGACACUGGGAGACGAAUUCACCUUUCAGCAGAACAAUACCCUAAAACACAAGGCCAAAUAUACACUGGAGUUGCUUACCAAGACAACAUUGGAUGUUCCUGAUUGGCCUAGUUAAAGUUUUGACUUAAAUCGGCUUGAAAAUCUAUGGCAAGACUUAAAAAAUGGCUGUCUUGCAAUGAUCAACAAUUAACUUGACAGAGCUUGAAGAAUUUAAAAAAGAAUAAUGGGCAAAUAUUGUACAAUCCAGGUGUGCAAAGCUCUUAGACUUACCCCAAAACACUCACAGCUGUAAUCGCCCCCUAAGGUGGUGCUUCAAAGUAUUGACUCGGGUGUCAAUAAAUUUGCCAACAUUUCUACAAAAAUGUUUUCACUUUGUCAUUAUAGGGUAUUGUGUGUAGAUGGGUGAGGGGGAAAAAAAAUAAUAUUUAAUCAAUUUUGAAUUCCGGCUGUAACAAAACAAAAUGUGGAAUAAGUCAAGGGGUAUGAAUACUUUCUGAAGGCACUGUGUAUAUCUUUUUUUGCCGAGCCCACUGCAGUUCCUGGGGUCACCCAUCCGACUUUGAAUACCACUGCCCUAAUGUAAUCUGCAGCAGCAAUAUUUGUGCUUUGAUCUGGUGUAAUCUUACCCGCCCUCUUUAUGCCUGCUUGGUGUUGACACUAAGUUACUGGUUGUCUUAGUGCAUCACUGAACACUGAUAACUACUAGGGGUGUGUCACACUGAUAUAAAUCCCCUGGAGCGUGUUUUACAAUGUUUUCCCUCUUUGUGACUAGCACACCGAGUAAUGCCUUACUAUGAGUCUUUCGGUGCAUUGAUUCUGGUCCGAAGUUUGUGUUGCAGUAAUAUUGUACCCCCUGGCCCAGUAUGUGUGUUACAGUAUAACUUAUAACUCUUCACCCCACCAUGUUACAAUUGAAGUGUUAGAGUAAUAUUGUUCUCCCAGCAUCUGUUACAAUCUAAACAGUAAUAGUAAUGGCAUCUUUUUGUAGGCACUAACUCCGCCAUGGCUCAUUGGCCAAAGCCUAUUGGGAAAUGAAUGGCGUAUUUGGAUAAACACCGAAAUUAAGGUCUGUGGUAAACACAGGCUUAGGAGAUCUAACCUUUUGUAAAUUUUGAAUAAUUUAUGUAAUCAAAACAAGCACAUAUAGCACAUAAAGGCUUCAUAAAGGUCAUGUUAACUGACUGAUAUUAUCUCAUAGAACAAAGCAUAUAACAUCUCCUAAGCCUGUGUUAACCUCAGACCUUAAUUUCCGCAUUUAUCCCAAAAGCCCAUUCUUUCACCAUUCAUUUCCCCCAUAGGAAUGGCCGAACAAACCAGAGGUAACUCAUUUCCGUUUUUUUAGGACUACAAGCUGGCGAGCUCUCUAUUGUUACCCCCCACCAAGUGUUUGUUAAAAUCGAAGUGUUCCCACACCAGUGUUUGUUAAAAUCGAAGUGUUCCCACACCAGUGUUUGUUAAAAUCGAAGUGUUCCCACACCAGUGUGCGCAGAGGCCUUUAACCCAGACGACGAUGACGAGGUGGAGGAGCCGAGGGUGGUGCAUCCUAAAACAGACGAGCAGCGCUGUCGACUGCAGGACGCCUGCAAAGAUAUUCUACUGUUCAAGACCCUGGAACAGGUGGGAAGAUGAGACGGACAUGUUGUAACCACACAGUGACAGAAACCCCAUCACGCUAUUAAAGUAUAACGGGCCACACAGUCAUAUGCACUUCUGUUCUAAUAGGUUGUGGAUCUUCAGUGUAAGCCUACUAGAAAGUGUGUGCCCUCAAGUCUGGAGGGAAGCAGAAGUUAUUCCCCUACCUAAGAAUAGUAAAGCCCCCUUAACUGGCUCAAAUAGCCGACCAGUCAGCCAGUUACCAACCCUUAGUAAACUUUAGGAAAAAAUGGUGUUUGACCAGAUACAAUGCUGUUUUACAGUAAACAAAUUGACAAUAGACUUUCAGCAUGCUUAUAGGGAUGGACAUUCAACAAGCACAGCACUUACACAAAUUAAUGAUGAUUGGCUGAGAGAAAUUGAUGAUAAAAAGAUUGUUGGUGCUGUUUUGUUAGACUUCAGUGCGGCUUUUGACGUUAUCGAUCAUAGUCUGUUGCUGGAAAAACUUGUGUUAUGGCUUUACACCCCCUGCUAUAUUGUGGAUAAAGAGUUACCUGUCUAACAGAACACAGAGGGUGUUCUUUAAUGGAAGCCUCUCCAACAUAAUCCAGGUAGAAUCAGGAAUUCCCCAGAGCAGCUGUCUAGGCCUCUUACUUUUUUCACUCUUUACUAAUGACAUGCCACUGGCUUUGAGUGAAGCCAGUGUCUCUAUGUAUGUGGAUGACUCAACACUAUACACGUCAGCUACUACAGCGACUGAAAUGACAGCAACACUUAACAAAGAGCUGCAGUUAGUUUCAGAAUGGGUGGCAAGGAAUAAGUUAGUCUAAAACUAAAAGCAUUGUAUUUGGGACAAAUCAUUCACUAAACCUCAACUAAAUCUUGUAAUGAAUAAUGUGGAAAUUGAGCAAGUUGAGGAGACUAAACUGCUUGGAGUAACCCUGGAUUGUAAACUGUCAUGGUCAAAACAUAUUGAUACAACAGUAGCUAGGAUGGGGAGAAGUCUGUCUGAUAAGGCACUGCUCUGCAUUCUUAACAGCACUAUCAACAAGGCAGGUCCUACAGGCCCUAGUUUUGUCGCACCUGGACUGCCUGUUCAGUCAAGUGGUCAGGUGCCACAAAGAGGGACUUAGGAAAAUUGCAAUUGGCUCAGAACAGGGCAGCACGGCUGGCCCUUGGAUGUACACGGAGAGCUAACAUUAAUGACAUGCAUGUCAGUCUCUCCUUGCUCAGAGUGGAAGAGAGAUUGACUUCAUCACUGCUUGUUUUUGUAAGAGGUGUUGACAAGAUGAAUGUACCGAGCUGUCUGUUUAAACUACUAGCACACAGCUCGGACAUCCAUGCAUACCCCACAAGACAUUCUACCAGAGGUCUCUUCAGUCCCCAAGUCCAGAACAGACUAUGGGAGGCGCACAGUACUACAUAGAGCCAUGACUACAUGGAACUCUAUUCAUUUACAUUUACAUUUUAGUCAUUUAGCAGACGCUCUUAUCCAGAGCGACUUACAGGAGCAAUUAGGGUUAAGUGCCUUGCUCAAGGGCACAUCGACAGAUUUUUCACCUAGUCGGCUCAGGGAUUAGAACCAGCGACCUUUCGGUUACUGGCACAACGCUCUUAACCACUAAGCUACCUGCCGCCCCACAUCAAGUAACUCAUGCCAGCAGUAAAAUCUGAUAAAAAAAAUAAUAAAAAUAGAUAAAAAUACACCUUAUGGAACAGCGGGGACUGUGAAGCAACACAAACAUAGACACAUGCAUACAAACACACGAUAACAUACGCACUAUACACACGUACACGUGGAUUUUGUGUUAUAGAUAUGUGGUAGUAGAGUAGAGGCCUGAGGGCACACACUUAAUAUGUUGUGAAAUCUGUUAUGAAUGUUUUUAAAAUGUGUAACUGCCUUAAUUUAGCUGGACCCCAGGAAGAGUAGCUGCUUCCUUGGCAGCAGUUAAUUGGGAACCAUAAUAAAUACAAAUACAUUGACGCAUAACUCAUGACAUUCAACCGUAUUGAAAUGAGUUGUUCAGUCUUUUGGAAUAAAAGGUUCCCACCCGAAUGUCCUGUUACUUAUUGGUACACUCAGUAACACACAGUAAUACACAAGCUGCCAGACAGGCACGACUCACUCUGUCCAUUAUUAAGUUGAGUUGUUUUUUUCAGACCGUGAAUGUGCUGUCCUUUCAUUAAUCCCUUUGUUCUCAAUCAUCCUCUCUUCCCCUCCCCGCCUGGCCCUCUCCUCCCUCACAGGAACAGUUCUCAGAAGUCCUGGACGCCAUGUUUGAACUGCGUGUCCAGCCCCAGGAGCAUGUCAUCGACCAGGGAGACGACGGAGACAACUUCUACGUUAUCGAGAGGUGUGUGUGUGUGCAUGCACAGUUACUUUGGAAUCCUUACAAUCAAGGCAUUCACUAGAAAGAAGCAUUCAUACCAAACACACCACAAUAUAAUUGGCCGUUUUACAACAAGUCCCACUUGAGCCUUAUUUUCUAGUUGUUGUUUCCGCCGUGUGUCCUGGGCCUAGGCUUAAUGGGUGCGUCCCAAAUGGCACCCUAUUCCCUAUAUAGUGAACAACUUUUGACCAGAGCCCUAUGGGCCCUGAUCAAAAGAAGUGCACUACAUGGGGAAUAGGGUGCCAUUUGGGAUGCAGCAUAUGAGUGGGCUUAUUCUCUCUGCACAUUAAGCUCCCUCCUCAGUCAUGCUAGUGCCUCAGCCUGGGAGGCUUAGGGCUAGAUGCACGUCAUAAGCAUGUUAAAACCUAUUCCCUCCCUAUGUGCUGCCUUGCAAAGCCUCAUGGGAAACCCCUGGUCACCUACAUAGCCAAGUGAUCAUCAUACUAAUGCCCCCAAACAAAGUUAAUGCUCCACUGCCUACCGCGGCACAGCACAAUGCAACCCAGGCAGCCAAUCAGGUGGUGUAUCAUCCAAAAAGACUAAAGAAAUUCACAGAACUGAACUCCUAGUAUUCUUAGUCCCCCUCCCCCUGGUUGGUUAAUUCCAAGAGUGGAGCCCAAUACUCGCCAAACAUUUUUUAAACUAUCACUUACAUGCAUGCAGCAGAUUUAGAUCUGUGAUCAACUUUAUUGUAGAUGAAGAUUAGUCUGCGUAGUUUCCAAAUAUCUUGUAUGUUAUUGCUAUACACAAUACAUUUUUAGAGAGCUCAAGUAUUAUUAGAAGAUAAUUAAUUUCUCGCUCUCUCCCUUCCCCCUCUCUCCCUCCCCCUCUUCUUCUUCCAGAGGAAUCUAUGACAUAGUGGUACUGAUUGAUGGUGUAGGAAAGUGUGUGGGCCAGUAUGACAACAAGGGCAGUUUCGGGGAGUUGGCCCUGAUGUACAACACCCCCCGUGCUGCCACCAUCAUCGCCACCCAGGAGGGGGCGCUCUGGGGCCUGGUGAGACGCGCGCGCACGCACACACUGCCCUGACCCUUUGACCUCUGGUUCACUGCUGUGCUCUGCCACAGCACCUCCCUGUGGACACUAGGGAGAAUAGUAACAUAAUGGCCAUAUAUUACAGAUACAAGAUUUACCACAGAGUUUCUAAACCCAGAGGCGCAACAUUGCAAGACUUCUGCGAACACUUGACAAACAGACCAGGCCAGUGUUUGGGGUUUGAGAAGUAAAUGAGAGAAGUUAAUUUUUUCCCCUUAUUUGUUAAUUUUCUCAAUCUAAAGGCACAACCUAGAUUUGAGCCCAUGUCUUAAAUUAGUUGAAUAUGCUAUUACUCCAACCUCGUGAGAUUGACAAACUGACAUGUUUUCAUUUUUGUCAAAAACUACUUCAUAUCAAAGGAGUGCCUUUUUUAAAUUUAUUUUAUUACUGCCUGCACAAAUGCGCAUUUCGGCAUGAGACAACCGUUAGACCCGAUGAUGUGUUUCUACUCAUAAGCUUAGUUAGCCAACGUCGCCAUGACAUCGCCUACAAGUCUGAUCUGGGAUUUCUGUUGGAGAAGCAGUUUUAGCCUGUCUUAAUUCUGUACUGUCUUUGGAUUUACUGUUUUGUUCUGUGUUUUUAAAGACCCGCUCCAGCUAUUUUUUACUUUUCCCGUUCAGGUGAUAAAUUAGGUGCUAGGGAGGCUGGAGUGGGUCUUUAAUGUGUAGUAGAUAGCUCUUAGAUUUUGUGUUUUGAGAUUCUUUGUCCUUUAAGACUCUAUGUAAUGAAAGCGCUAUAAAAGUUCAAUAAAUUCUGUAUUAUUAAUCAAGAUAGAAGAUUAGUAGGUCUAUCCAUACCUUUCAUCUGUUAGAUAUGUAACCUAUAGCAGGAGAAUUAAAUGGCUUGUGUCUGUGUGAUUGUGUAAUCUUGUUGUCUAUGUGACCGUGACUGAUGCUGUCUGUGUGACCGUGACGACUGCUGUCUGUGUGCACUACCAGGACCGGGCUACGUUCCGUAGGCUCAUUGUGAAGAACAACGCCAAAAAGAGGAGGCUGUACGAGCAAUUUGUUGAGUCUGUGCCCCUACUGAAGUCUCUGGAGGUGAGGGGGAGGGAGGGAAGGAGGGGGAGCAGAGUGGAGGGGAGGUGAUGUGAUGGGAGGGGAUAGGGAGGGAGGGGGAGCGGAGGUGAUGGGAGGGGGAGCGGAGGGGGUGGGGGGGAGGGGAUAAGGAGGGGGGUGGGAAGGAGGGGAGGGGAUAAGGAGGGGGGGAUGGGAGGGAGGAGGAGCGGAGGGGAUGGGGGAUCUGAGGGGAUAGGGAGGGGAGGGGAUAGGGAGGGAUGGAGUUGAGGAAGCUCGACAGUGAAAAAUGUAGCACUGAUAUUAAGUGGAUAUGGACACCUCCCUUUGCUUUUCCUUAUCAAACCUCUCUCUCUCGCAGUUAUCUGAGAGGAUGAAGAUUGUGGAUGUAUUAGGAAUGAAGACGUUUUCAGAUGAAGAACGCAUCAUCAUGCAGGUAUGACGUUCUCCAAGGUUCUCUUGGUAUUACUGUAAAGCUGACUGGUAAUGAUGAUCAUGGACAAUUGUAAACGGUUCCUGUUGGUUUGUCUUCCUGUAUAGGGGGACAGGGCAGAUUGUUUCUACAUUGUGGAGUCUGGAGAUGUGAAGAUUAUGAUGAAGAGCAAAGUAAGAGUACUUCCUUCUUUUCUCAUCCUCCUCAUUUCUGCCUCAUCAGAGAAUGUGGAAAAAUUGCUUUGUUUUAUGUUCGUCACCCUGUGUUUUUCUCUCCUUUUUUCUCAUAUGUACUGCUUAACAACCCUGCACCGAAAGACAAAGAUGGUAUGACUAAUAAUAUGAAUUAUAAUAGUAUUAUUAAUAUGAAUAGUAAUAAAGGUUGAGCACGGCAAUCCUUUAAAAAAAAUGCCAACAUUUUGUGAUUCGAAUUAGAAUAUUUGUCAAAUCUACAAUCCACAAAAUGUUGUACCCCCCCCCAAAAAAAAGAAAAACAUAUUUAAGCUAGCUAAGUAACUAUGGUUCCUAAUGUUAGCUAGCACUAGCCGGCUGUACCUGCGUCAACUCCUUCUCAUCCUAAUAGCUUCUCAAUUUGAUAAGUUCUUAGUAAAUGGUGUGCCAACCCUUUGUUUCCAGCACUUUUUAUAUAAAACAGAACAGUGUAAGACAACGUUUUACACUGUGAAGCUUUUUAAUCUGAACAUUGACUUUUUAUAACGCAUUGAUGUGCUGCGUUUUAGUGUCUGUAUUUCCAUUCUUGUGCAUUUGUUGUUAUGUUUUGGUGUCAUGCAUUAGCUGGUGCAAUUAAAUUUCCCCUUUGGGGAUCAAAAAAGUACUAUCUUAUAUCCAUGACUAAGCAAAACUCAUUUUCUCAUGGCUCUAUCCAGAGCUGGGUUCAAAUAAUAUUUAGGGUAUUUCAAUUACUUUCAAAGACAUUUUGAAGUAAUUUGGAUAUUUUGUCUCAGAAAAUUCAAGUAGUUGAAUAUUGGAAUGUAUUUGAAAAUACUCAUACAUAGACAAGUGUAUUUUCAAAUACAAAUAUUUAAUACUCCAUGUAUUUUAACCCAGGUCUGUUUGUUCCUAGGGGUAUUUGAAAAAAUGUAUUUGGAGAAAAGUAUUUGAAAAUAGUUUAGGCUAUUUAUAGCAAGUUAUUUGAAAAUACUUCGAAUAGAAGUAGCUGAUCUGGCCACAUUAUUUGAAAAUACACAAAAUAAGUAUUUAAAUAACAUACUUAAAUACGCAUGUAUUUGAACCCAGGUCUGGCUCUGUCUUAUCUCUCUGCAGCAGACAUGGCCUAUUGCUUAGUGAACAGCACGUUUGGGCUUCCUUGGCACUCCGUGGCUCGUGCUCCAUGCUAAAACAUUUUGUGAAUAUUCAAAUCGGCAACAUAUUAUUCAUAUCAGCGUAAACAAAUUGAAUCCGAAUAGAUGUGAAUCUUUGGGGUCAGCCCCAACCCAUCCUGUCCUCUCCUUUUCUGUACCCUGCUCUCACUCCCCCUCUCUUCCCCAGACGAAGGUGAACCAGGAGGAUAAUGCGGAGGUGGAGAUCACCCGCUGUAGCAGGGGUCAGUACUUUGGGGAGCUGGCCCUGGUCACCAACAAGCCCCGCGCUGCAUCAGCGUACGCUGUGGGAGAGGUCAAGUGCUUGGGUAAGGCCACUUCAUACAUGUACACGUGUGUGUCUGUUUUAUUUUAAAGGCCCUGGGCUCUGA